AUGGAAUGUCUUGACCAAUGCAAAAUUGAAGAAGAUGGCCGUUUGACGAAGGCGUUUACCGCGAACAGAGCAGCGAUCGAGAGAGAAGGCCCGUUGGCAAGGGAAAACACGACAAAAACGAGGGAAGUGAAGGAGAACAAGAACGAGACCAGAAAGCAAAACGAAGAAGAAGAAGAAGAAGAAGAAGAAGAGGAAGAGAGAGAGCGAGGAAGGCCAACCGUCGCGCAGUUCAGGAAGAAGAUCUCAAACAAGCCAUCGCAUCGUCAGGCAGCUGGAAAGCGACGAAAGAGCAAAAAGUGGAAAAAAGGAGGAGGCGGACGGGCAAGGGAGCGCCAGCCAAUCAGCAUGCAGAAUUGA